AUAAAAGAGCCAGAAUACAAGAAGAAGAAGAAAAGGCAGGUGGAUAACAACGUUGAAUAUUAAUGGAAAAACAGGAGUCAAAGAAAAAACUCGGAGAUGGACCCCAAAUUUCAAGGAUGGAGCCGGUUACACAUGGUGCCUAUGGUGGUGGAAUGUACGGAACAGAAAAGGACCAACAAGAAGAAGAAAAAGAUAAUCAGCAACAAACAAAGGCACCAGCAAGCGAGAGCCAAAGUGCUGAUGGUCCCGUUGAUAAAAAUGUCAUAAAAUUCAAGCACCAUCCUCCUUCUACUGGAGAUCGAGAUAUAGACAUUACUGGCCAAUCUUAUUUCCAAUAAUUUACUCAUGUAAAAUCAUAAUUAUCAUACUAGUACCAGUAUUACAAUUAAUACAUCUCCCUCCCUUAUUUCCCUUUUCUGCCUACUGCAAUAGCCAAUAAUAUCAGCGUAAUACAUGUAGGUACAUAUAGAUAUUUAUAAGAAGUUUCAUGUAUGAUAUAAAUUAUCUCUUCUUUUUACC